GAACACAAGAGUGUGCGUGGUGGCGUCAUUUCCUGCUGAAGAUGGCGGAGCCGGAGUUGUUGCUGGAUUCCAACAUCAGGCUCUGGGUGGUUCUGCCCAUUGUCUUUAUCACUUUCUUCGUGGGGCUGAUCAGGCAUUACAUCUCCAUCCUCCUACAGAGCGACAAGAAGCUCACGGAGGAGCAAGUUUCGGACAGUCAAAUUCUGAUCAGAAGUAGAAUUUUGAGAGAAAAUGGAAGAUAUAUUCCAAAACAGUCUUUCCUAACGCGGAAGUAUUAUUUUAACAAUCCGGAUGAUGGAUUUUUCAAGAAGACCAAAAGAAAGGUUGUUCCACCCUCUCCCAUGACCGACCCCACUAUGGUGAUGGACAUGAUGAAAGGCAACGUCACCAACGUACUUCCCAUGAUUCUUAUUGGCGGAUGGAUCAACUGGACCUUCUCCGGUUUUGUCACGACAAAGGUCCCCUUUCCUCUGACAUUACGUUUUAAGCCCAUGUUACAGCAGGGAAUUGAACUACUCUCACUGGAUGCUUCCUGGGUGAGCUCUGCCUCUUGGUACUUUCUGAACGUUUUUGGACUCAGAAGCAUGUAUUCCCUGCUGCUGGGACAAGAUAAUGCUGCAGAUCAGUCACGUAUUAUGCAAGAACAGAUGACUGGUGCUGCAAUGGCAAUGCCUCCAGAUACAAAUAAAGCUUUUAAGGCUGAAUGGGAAGCAUUGGAAAUCAUGGAUCAUCAGUGGGCCUUGGAGGAAGUGGAAGAAGAGCUCAUGGCCAAGGAUCUUAAUUUUGAAGGAAUGUUCAGCAAGGAAAUGGAGACAUCAAUGUUUUGAGGCAACUUUAACCAGAAUCCCAAAUUAAAUUUCUCAUAAACUUGGGUUUGCAGUAAGACUGAAAUUUCUCCUCGACUUAAAAAUUCACUUGAAAAUAUUGGAAAUGUCUUUUAAAGCUUCAAGUUACACAAGCCACUGACUUGAUACUUUACUGUGAAUUUGAAAGCCAUUAGCGUAAAGAUACUAGUCAAGAAUAGAUUGUAUUGUUUCUUAUAACAUCCCAGGAAUUGUCUCCCUGUUCAUUCAUAAAAUGCAAGUCACUUUGUCUAAGGUGUCCAUGACCAAACGUGUUGGAUCCCUCCUUUGUUAAAACCAUUGUGGUGUGGGGGGAGUACUAUUCUCAUGUGGGUGAGGGUGUUUUUUUGAGAUAAUGUUGCAGUAUGUUAUUUUGGAGUUCUUAAAGGUCAAAUUUAGAAUUUUGGAGUUCUUAAAGGUCAUAAUUUAUCUUCAUCUUGUGACUAAAUGUUGACCUAUCAAUUUUUUUGCAUAUUAAUACUAAGGGAACUGGGGUAAAUAGGACGGGAAUAUGUGGUUGUCCUUUGACCAUGUUGAAAUUGUGACUGAGAAGUUACAGGUUUUGCAUUAUGCCCAUUUUGAUGAUUUCACUGUAAACUGUUUGGUGUCUGCAAAAGAACAAAAAAAAAAAUCUCAUACAAUAUAUUUUAAAUUUUAAUUUAUAAUUUCUACGCUGAGUUCCUUCUCCUCGCUAACUGCAGAAAUUGAAAUAUCACAAGAAAUUUAACUAGCAAUGUCAUUCAGAGGUGAACUCUGUAUUUGCAUUAUCUUUGCUCUAAUCAUGAAUUGGCUUUUCUAUUCCUGAAAUUUUGCACUUUAUGGUUGCAGAUCGGUGGCACUCAGUUCACUGCUUUCUCUGUUAGUGAGAAAAGGAAAUGUGGAGCUGUUUUUAAAAUGAAUAAUUUGUCCACUUUUGGUUUGGAAACGUAAUCUUGCUAGGACACUGCGUCAGUGUUUUGAAUAUGCUCUUGUGGUAACUAAAGUAUUUUAAGACAACUGAUCAAUGUGUGCAUUUCUGACACGAUAUUGCCCAUUUGUUUAAGGGCAAGUAAAAAGAAAACUGAUUACCCCAUCUGUUGCAUCCUGUAAGUUCAGAGAAAAGCUAAACUAUCUGGAGAAAAUCCCAAGAACUUCCUGUCUGUACAAUUUAACUGGUCUCAACCAGGCCAGAGAUAGUUUAGUUCUCAUUCUGCAGGAGAUGCUUUUUUGUUACCACCACCCCCACCUAACAAUUAGGAUGUGUGUGGACAUUUGACACUGACAGAUUUGGAUAAGUGUUUGGUGCACAUUAUGGACAAAUCGCCCAAGGAAAUGCUCCUUAAAAGUUUACAAGUGAAGUCUUGGAAUUGGCCAAGGAUUUGUGUGUCAACCAUUUAAAUCAUUAAAUUGUGAAAAACUUAGAAACAACAAAAAAGACAUAUUGACUGCACGUAUGAAGAAGGAUUCCAACCCAAAAUGUCACCUAUCUAUAUUCUCCAGGGGUGCCUUUUGUGUAUUUCCUUGGCAAACUGAUUAUUUUGCUUCAUCGUAAUUAUUGAGCCACUCAGUUAGAGAGAACUGUAAAAGGUUUUGUUUCAACUGCAUGGUAUGCACUUGGGAUUAAGCCAUAGAGUCCCACCUAUUUCUCAACCCCUCGGUCUGAUCACCUGAGAUAAAGUUGUUUUGUUUCUCGACCAAAUUGAAGUAAAAUGAUGGUCCACUUGUUUCCAAGACUAGUUUUGCAUACACGUUUAACAUCCUUUUAAUGUUUAAUGUUAAUUUGUAAACAAUAUAUUCCAUGGCAUGCUGCUGAUAAACCCAUCCAAUAAAUGGAUGUUUGUGUGUAUGCAUUCUGGUAUGAUUAGUAUCAAAUUUUGCCCUUGCUUACUGUUUUUUUAAUUUAAAUUACUAUAAUGGCUUUGAAUUCUUUCCUGAUGAAGUUGGCUUGCAAUACGAUAUGGUGUUUCAGGUACGACUAGUCCUUCAUUUUUUCUCACAGACAAAAGGGUAGUGAGAGGCUAUUUGACACUUGCUUAGCAAUGUUCGAAUGGAUCCCUUGCUACUUAUUUCUAUCAUCUUCCACUCCAUUGCAAAUCAUGUUUCCGAACAUCUAUCUGCAUUUGAUAUACAACUAAACCUGACAAGUUGGGCUUUGACUCUAUAAUAUGCCUAGCUUUGCAUUUCUCGUCUGAGUCGAGCUGUGUCAUCUGGUGAAGGCUCAAUAAAUUGGCCAUUACGAAAUAUGAACAUCAAUAGGCAGAUAAAGUUUUGUGUGUAUCUAAUAACUAUAUAACAGCACUGCAUUAACAUUCCAACACAACUUUCAUUCUGAUGGAAGGUCAUAGAAUUGAAAUGUUAACUUUUCUCCAGAGAUGUUGCUUACUCUGCUGGACAUUUCCAACAUUUUUAUGUUUGUACUAACAUUCCAGUAACGGUCUCCUUUCAAGGAUACCCAGAUUAUUAUUAUUAUUAUUAUUUGUUUGCAACAAUUAAGCACUUCUGGGCAUGAUGGGGGUGGGGUGUUGUAUACCAUUCUACCGCCAUUGUACAAAGUUAACAACUUGUACCUUGUUGCUGUUGUAUAAACAUUACUUUUACUUGGUUCUCCUUUGUCAUAGAAGUGUUUCAGAUGAAAGUUACAAGUUCAUAAAGUGUAACAAGAGAUAGUGAGGAGCAUGUAAAAUGUAAUCAUGUGCCCCUGGGGAGGUUUUUAGACUUGCAUUAUUAACAUUUCAUUCUGGAGACUUUUUUUGCAAAAUUGGUCUUUAUUGUUGGUGUUAAAUGACAGUUUCUUUAAUGGGUUUAAAGCUCAAUUCUGUGUUCAUUUGAUUAAAAAAAACACUUGCUCAUUAAAGCCUGAGGCCUGGUCUGGUGCAAUAGUUAAUGUUUUGUGAAUAACAAGAAAAGGCAUUUCUGACAAUUGUCUCUAUUUAAAGAACCUGACUUUCAAACCUGUAUAGCAAAAAUGUGUGGUUUGCAGUUUAAACUAAAAGUAUCAGAAAAUCUCGGUCUAUCGUUAUUGCAUUAAAAGGGCAAGAAAAGGUAUAGAUGGUUAAACGUAAAUUGAGUAUAUAUAGAUAAUUGACAAAGAGCUUGUUAAAAUAUCAGCUGAUAUUGCUGAUUUUAAUGCAUGAUUUUUUUUUUUAUCCUUUUGAAUUUGUGAGAUUUCACAAAAUACACAAAUCAGAUGAGUUUCGGGAGUCCUGCUGUCAAAGAGCCAUCAUUUUUCCAAUGGGAUCAUUAAAAAUAAGGAAUCAUAAUCUGUUUCUCGUACAGGUCCACCACUGAUUUUCUGGUUUCAGAGCCAUGCCAAAUUAUCCAGUUUGCUGGGCCAUAGAGGUCACGGCCCCAGGAUUCAAACGGUGUGCAAGGGGCCUGCAAAGUCGGCCUCGGAAGUUGGCACUAGCUAGGCUGGAGUUCCAGAGCCCUGGCCACAGGGGGAAAAUUUGAUCCUCCGAUCAGAAGUUCAGCCCCAAUACGGUAGAGGUUGGCUGCCUCACCCAGCCUAGCUGACACAAUUUGGGGGGGGGGGGGGGGGGGAUUUCAAAUGCGCUCUCGUAAUUUUGUCCUGAUCAAAGGAGGUGUUCGACCAUCAGCUGUUGAAAAAUCAGUAGUGGACCUGUACAAACAAUUUCUAAUAAGCCAAUCCAAGAAUCCACCAAGGAACACGCGUUUCUCAAAGGGUCAUUAAACAAUAAAAUUCACUUCAGCAUUACUCAUUUUCCAGUUUUUGUUUCAUUAAAUAUGAAGUUCUUACUUUUAGAAACUAUGUAACAACAAAAAUGCCCAUCUUUUUUGUAUUAAUUUUCAAACCAAUUUUUGCACGUCAAGGUUUUGACACAUCAUAUGUCCUGCUGAGAAAUGCUCAUUUGGAAAAGUCCAAAUGAGUCCAUUGUUUCAGUAUGUCACAUUCCUGACGUAUUAAAUACUGAAGAAUGAGUCUCCCUGCUUCACCCUCCUGAUAGGAAUGGGCUCAGUCUUCACUUCUAUGCCCUUGUUCAUAGUAAUUAAAUUCAAGUUAAGGUGCAUAAUAAGAUCAAUAAAUUGCUUAUUGAUCUUCAUAUGACAUAAAGCUUUUAUUACUUUGACUAACCUCAUCGCAAGCUUUGGAUAAAUCAUCAAAGCCAGAGACUUGCGGUUCUUUUGACUCUACAUUUUCAAUCUAUUUUGACUACAGCCCAUGGUAGAUGCUAGAAAGCCCUUUCAAUGGAUUUUAAGGUCAUUGGCUUAAAUUAAUCUAGUCUUGGUUUUUUAAUGAAAAAUCCCACAUAAAAUGGAGCUGAUCGAAAAAGACCUCCAAUUAUUGAUCAUUACCAUGUCAUCCAACUCUUGGUAUGAAGACUUCUUGCUUUAAUAUUGUUCAUAUUGCUCCUACACCAUAUACAAAAAGAAUAAAAUUGCACUAACAUAGCCAUGGCAUUCUCUUGAACUCACCAGAUUUAAUUCAAUUGGGACCAACAGCUGUAUUUAUUUUUGAGUACACCAAAGGCUUCUCCAAUCUUAGCAGCAACAAUUGGGUAUAAUGGAUACGAACUGUUGAUACUAUUCCAGCCAAGUCUAAACUUGGUGAUAUCUACACGGUUAUCAUAAAUCACAAACCAAGAUAUAAAAAUCCAUCUAAAACUCCAAUAUUUCCGAGACAGACUAAUUGAGUUGCCCAUAAACCUUCUGUUCUCAUUAAACAACUUCUGCAAUACUAAAUAUGCACUCAUUUGUUUCGUAAACUAUUGCUUUGCACUCAAGUUAGGAAACUCCUUUCUUGUGUAUCUGCAAACACCUCCAUCGUGAACAGGCACUGUCUCUAUCUUGUACGUAGCCCUGAAAUGUAAAUGUAGCUUUAACAGAUUCAGAGAUCUAAAACUGAGCUUUUAUAAUCUGGGCAGAAUUUAUCAAUGGUUAAAUGCACCCUGAUGCAAUCCAAGAGAUUUAAUGGGAAAUUUACCGUUUCUGAAAUUUGUUUGGCUGGCAAUCAAUUAAUUACAACUAGAAAGACUAAGAAUAGAUGCCCACGCUUCAUGAAAGGCCAACUGGACAAUGUAGCAGAGAAGAGCUGUUGUUCCUAAGUGAAAGUUAACACCUUGAGAGAGCAAAGCCUUUUCUAUCUGAUUAUCUGUAAAUAUGUAACUAAAGCAUGGUCCCAAUUGCUCUAUGCUAUUGUUCCCAAUUGCUGGUGGUAAAUACCACUUCUGCUGCUCUUAUAUUUAUUCUACACUUUCAGUAAACAGUUACACGAGCACACAGUUUUUCAACUUUUAUCAUUCAAUUUGUGUCCUCUUCCAUUAUAGGGCCUCUGAAAGGUAAAAUAUAUGAAAGCCUAUGGAACCUAAAUGGUUGAAUGUGUACUCUAGUGUAACACAACAGAUCUCAUGAAAGUUUGACUUUUUCAGUGACUGGUUGACAACUGUCUUUUUAUAUUCACUCUAUUUAAAAAAUAAAAUAAAAUAAAACCCCAUAUUUAAUAACCCUGUUCUCAGAAACUAUCUGCAUAUUAUUUUGCAGACAAACUUGCUCAGUUUUGUACGAGAUGUUAUUUUCAUUAUGUGUUUAAUAAAUUUUUUGAAUAAGAA